AUGGCAAAAUCUUUCGAAGGAGCAGAACUUGCUACCUUCAAUACGAAAGAACUUACACCCAAUCUCGUCGAUGCAAUUUCUGCAACAGAACCUGAAGCCAUCUUCGCUGAAUACCCUGUAGCUUCAAGAAAAACUGGACCGGGGGAAGACUUUCCUGCCUUGGCUUACAUUGGUCCUAAUGAUAUUGUCGCCAUUGCUUUCUUAUUGGGAGCUGUCAAGCCUGGAUGCAAGGCCCUUCUUAUAUCGCCCAGAAACAGUAUUCGUGCGCCAGAAAAUCUACCUACUUUUACUAAAUGUAAAACUCUGGUCACAACAAGCCCCCGAUCAACUCAACUACAACCCAUGAUAGCUGCCCUUUCUUCAAUGGCUCUUUAA